AUGCGAAUCUUUCGCCGUGUUCCCUAUGCUUCCCCUCCCCUCCAUCUGCAGAAUCGUUUUCGUGUUUCCUCUGCACUCCCUCCCUCUGCCAAAGAAUUUCCUCCCCCGUGUUCCCUCUGUGCUCUCCCUCCCUUUGCCAUAUCUCUCUCUCUCGCUCUCUCUCGUCGACAUCCCUCAAGAAAAGCCCUAGAUCUAAGAAAUCUCCCUCGAACGAGGGUCUGGCUGGAGACGUACGACACCGCCAAAGAGGCAGCUAUGGUUUACGACAGGGAGGCCAUUUGCCUUAGGGGCCCCGACGCUCUCAUCAAUUUUGUAAAGCCUUUGCUUUUCAUCACCUCCAUGCCUUAUGGCCCACCAUCACAACCAGAGGCUAAUACUGAGAGUCACUCAACAAGUAGCACUGCUUCGGUAAGCUCUACUCAACGACAAGAUAUCGAUGUUGUAGGGGUUUCCGAUUACGAUUCUGGGAAAGAAUCUCACAGUCCCUAUUCUCCAACUUCUGUUCUCUGA